GGGAACCUCCACAGCUUCCUCAGGAUCCGACGUGGCACGCAGCGGCCAUGACAAUAGCCUCGUCAACCAAGACUAGCACUAAACUCCAGCCCAAUCGGUGUCAACUCAGUCAUCUCCCUGCGCCUGCCUACGACGAUACUCUGCCGACGAGGCCAGCUGUGAGCAGCACCACUAUAAGUGGCCAGGAGGCGGGUGUCGACAAUUAUGACUCACCUGUAGGAGCACCGGUAGUCGUGCACGGCAGAGCUUUUCGCGGAAGCCCUCCGGCUGGCGAAGGGCACAACAUAAUUCCGACAAGGAUGCCACACGCAACAGCGACUUCUGCGCAACUCGAUAUAAAACACAAUAAUCAUGCAACUUCAUCUGGUACUACUACAACAACUAGUACUGCCAAGAAACCCUCUGGUACUUCAAGUGCCUCAUCGAGGAGGACACAACCAGAAGCUGGACAACAAAGUCUACAUCGAGGAGAACCCUCUUCAUCCUUCAGCGAUCCGAGAUAUUAUCAACACAUGCAUGGACAACAUCAAGGUCAAUAUGAAUUACAGCAUCUUCGAAGACCACAAGAAACAAUCAACAUGGCAGGGCUAUCAUCGUCCUCAUCUCGAGAUAUGGUUCCACCACGACGAGAAGCCACACAUCAAGAAGUGAACCAGAUCGUGCGGAAUUCAUCGUUACGGCUAAUGAGCUUGUUAGUUGAUGUUGAUACAUGAAGACUUGAAUAAAGAACUAGACUACUACUUGAGUUUCUCAGCCUGUGUCUGUUGUUCCUUCUUCUCAUAAAACUUGCUCUUCUUGCCCUCGUCCUGUGACGAGAAAAUGGAUCAUCUAAAAGAUGUAAAUCUAGAUGAAUUCACGCGCACUUGUUCCUUGUUCUGUUCCUGUAGUAGUAGUUGAUAGCCAUGUUCGUUGUAGUUGUUGGUCCUAACUCUAAGAUCUUCUAGUGCAAUUCCAUUCGUUCCGCGAUCGCCGUCCACAUCACCCGGUGCAUGCCCCUCUUGGCUGCAGAACCCUUCGGAUGAUCGUGAGCGGAUGUUUCGCCCGCUCGCGCGUGAGGGAAAGCACCAAAAGGACGCGGUGUUGUACUCAUCAUCUUCCUUAGCAUCGUCCGGCUCAAAAGGAAAAAGCCGUACUUUCACUGGGAACCAGACGUUUUCUGCUUUCCGGCAAGCAAGGAGUAAAACAAGCGAAGACGACCAGCUACGAGGAGGUUCAGCUGCUGAAAGUUCGACUAGAGUCGACGGCGCAGAUAUCGAACUAUCAAACCGUUGUGGUCCGUCCUGGUCGUCAAGACUAUAAGCAGCUCAGCAAGACGAGGAAAGGUAAGAUCGAUAUCGAUAUAAAACAAAAGCAACCCCUCACUGCAAGAACAACGUGAGAGAAUUCAAAAUAUAUUGUAAUAGUACAAGAGCGAGAAAUUUUCGGUCUUGUAUUUGCUUUUUUGCGACGUCCUUCACUCAAAAUUUCAAUUUCAUGACAUUCAUCACACUCAUAAUUCUCAUAUUUAUUUCUUGUCGUAGUACCUAGUAUUUGUGACCACCUGUUUCUGUUACGGGUCGUUCUGUCCGCAUCGUGUGAUGUCUUCGACGAGCAAGAUACCUUAGUCUCUGUGGCUUUGAAAGAUUACGGAUACGACUUCUUCAAAAUCGAAAAUGUAGAGGAUAAGCACAUCAAUUUCUUUGAUGCUACUGCCUACCGAGGCACUUUCAUGCUUGAAUUAAUGUUUAAAAUUUUAGAGCGACAUGUUGUACCUGUUGAUGUUCUACGACUUGUGUCAGCUGGCUUUUCUUCUAGGAAGUUGUGUAUUCGACUGAGCGAGUGAGACUUAUGAAGCAAGCAACUGAGUGCAACUG